AUGCCAACAUCUUCUCAAUCGUAUCCAAUGAGUGGCGGUGACGAUCAACACAGUUACAUCCAUAAUUCUUCAUACCAAAAAGCAGGCAUAGAUGGUGUUGAAGAGAAGACAAGGCAAUACAUUUUAGAAAAUCUCGAUCUCAUGAAUCUGAAUCCCAAUCUUAGCACUUUUACAAUUGCUGAUUUUGGUUGUUCUAUUGGUCCUAACACAUUUCAUGCUGUUCAAAACAUCAUUGAUACUGUGAAGCUUAAACACCUGAAAGAAAACCAAGAAAAUUGUCUUGGUCCUCUCGAGUUCCAAGUUUGUUUCAACGAUCAACGCAACAAUGACUUCAACACACUCUUUAGAACUCAGCCUUCUUCUUCCGAACGAGAAUAUUUCUCGGUCGGAGUUCCAGGCUCUUUCUAUGGUCGAGUGUUACCAAGAAACAGCGUCCACAUUGGACACACGUCCUAUACGACCCACUGGCUUUCCAAAGUUCCUGAUAACGUGUGUGACAAGAAUUCUCCGGCUUGGAACAAAAAUUACAUUCAAUGUAAUGAUUUGAUAGAAGAAGUUACCAAUGCGUACAAGGUCCAGUUCAAAAAAGACAUGAAGGGUUUUCUUGAAGCUAGAGCUGAAGAACUUGUGCCUGGCGGAUUGAUGAUCGCAUUAGGUCAGUGUUUGCCCGAUGGUGUGGGCUUGUAUGAGACAUGGCAGGGUAUUGUCAAGGACAUCAUCGGUGAUUGUCUUAUGGAUAUGGCCAAAUCGGGAGUAACGACCGAGGAAAAGAUUGAACUAUUUAACUUGCCCAUGUAUUUUCCUCAAUUUAGUGAAUUAAAGGAAGAGAUUGAGCAAAACGGAAGCUUUACGAUUGAGAUGAUGGAGACUGUAAGCCAUUCAUUGGAGACUAUGCAGUUAACCAACGACUUCAUCACUUCCAUGUAUCGAGCUAUUCUCUCUACAGUUGUGGAAGAGCAUUUUGGAGCUGAUGUGGUCGAUGAGCUAUUCGAUCGACUUGCCAAAAAACUCUCCAAGCACCCGAUUGAUUUUGAGAUAUGUAAGAAACAAAUGGUCUAUUAUAUAGUGCUUAAACGAAAAUGA